CCCUUCCCCUCCCCCCUCAUCCACGCGCCGCGCCUCCCUCCUCUCGCUCCCCGAGAAAGAGAGCAUCACACCCCACAACCAUGGCCCGGUCCUCGCACUCCCGCUCGUACGGCGAUGCCGACCGCGAGCGCCGCUCGAGCGCCUACGACUCCGAUGGUGGUGAAGAUGAUGACUACCGCUCGGCCGGCGAGGAGGACGACCUAGAUGAUGACUACUCCCCUCGGCGGGGAUCCAGCAGCGGUGGGUCCUCCUCGCGCAAGUCCAAGCGUCGGGACCGCGCGCGUGACGACUAUGAUGACCAGGACGACGACUAUUCGGAUGACGACGCCGAGGAGGACUAUGAGGAGGACCAGCACCGGCGCCCUCGCAAGAGUCGCCGUACCACCUCGGCCUCCCUCUUCGAGGAGGAUGUCGAGGAGGCCGAUGAGGACUAUGAGUCCGAUGGCGACCUCAGCGAGGAGGACUACGAGGAGUCGCGCCGGGCCAGCCGGAAGUCCUCCAGCAAGACGUCCAGCAGCAGGCGCAAGUCCUCCAGCAGGGAGUCCGGCUCGUCUGCCGUGGACAAGGCAUCCAGCAAGAAGAAGAAGAAAUCCGGCAAGUCGCGCACCUCCAGCCUCUUUGAUGACGCGGCCGAUGUCGGUGACUCCGACGAGGAGGAUGAGGACUACUACUCCGACGAGCCGGAGGAGGGUCUCUAUGAUGCUGCCGCCGAGGCUGAGCAGCGGGCGUCGGCUGCCGCCGCGCGCCAACUCAACCGCGACCACAUGCGGCGUGACUAUGACAACUCGCAGAUGACCAUCCGUCGACUGGAAUCCUCGUACGGGCGCCACGAUGCCGAGGACUAUGUCGUAUCGGACUCCGAGGAUACCGGAGAUACGCUGCUCAGCCGGCUGCCGGUUGCCUCCAACAAGCGCCAGCCCAAGCUCUGGAAGGUGCCUUGCAUGCGAGGCAAGGAGUUCCUGGCGUGUCGGCAGCUGACGGUCAAGUCCAUUGCUUUCGGCUCGGACGACUUCGUCAUCUACAGUGCCGUGGCCACCGAGCGUGGCUGUGGCUACAUCUAUGUCGAGGGCUACACCAGCCAGGCGGUCAAGACCGCCUGCGAGGACAUCAGCUCCCUGCUGGUCCGGCGCGUGAACCAGGUGGAGAUGGUCCCGGUCUCGGACAUGACCCAGGUCCUGGAGACCAAGCCCAUCGAGAAUACGGAACUGGCUCCGAAUGACUUCGUGCGCAUCCGGUCCGGCCACCACCGCGGAGACCUGGCCCAGGUCAUCCGUGCCGAUGACAACUCCCUGCGCGUGCAUGUGAAGCUUGUUCCACGUAUCGAUUACUCGAACCUGGCGCGCGAUCGCCCAGCCAAGGAUGCGAAGCGCGAGCAGUUCCGCCCGCCUCUGCGCUUCUUCGACCCGGAGGAGAUUCGCAAACAUGGCCAUCACAUCCGCAAGACCGAGGAUGACCGCUAUGAGUUCGCUGGUGAGUACUACUCCAGCAAGGGUCUCCUGCUGAAGAUCUUCAACACCAAGAACCUGAUCACCCGCGACGUCAAGCCGACCCUGGAUGAGCGCGAGUGGUUCCUCAAGGCCGAGAAGGGCGAGAUCACCUCGAAGGAGCUCGCCUCUCUGAGUUCCACCACCGGCGACUCCGGCUCGGACACCAUCCAGAUCGCGGCCAAGAACCUGCGCAUCGGUGACCCGAUUAUCGUCCUGCGGGGCGACCUGCGCAAUGCCACUGGCUACGUGGAAACCAUCGAAUCCAGCGGCGCGGUGGCCGUCCGGCUGGAAGUCACCAGCAUGGCCGGCGUCGAGUCGGUGGCCUCGGCCAUUGGCAUGUCCAUCGUCCGGGGCAAGAGCGGGCAGAAGCUCAUUCGCACCAAAUUCGUGGCCAACCAGCUGCAGAAGUUCUUCCGUAGUGGUGACAAGGUCAAGGUCAUUCGUGGUGGCCAUAACAACCAGACUGGUAUUGUGUUGGAUGUCCAGGGCGACAUCGCCCGAAUCACGACGGAUAUCCAGCGCACCGAGAUCGAGGUCUUCACUCGGGACUUGACCCUGACCAAUGAGACGUCGACGUCGCUCUCCUCGGCUGGACGCUUCCGCCACUUGGAUAUGGUCCUGCUUGAUGGAACAACCGCAGCUGUUGUGCUGGCCGUCGACGGUCAGCACUUGCGGGUGAUCGAUCACCGUGGCGUGUCGCGCAGCGUUGCCGAGAGUGACGUUGUUGCUACGACAUCCAACACCAAGAAGUUCGCCCGGGACAUUAAUGGCGGCCGGAUCUCUGUCCGCAGUCAAGUUCGGGUGCUCGAGGGCCCAAACAAGGACCGCCAAGCCUCGGUGCUUCACAUUUUCAAUCAGGCCAUCUUUUUGGUGGCCAAUGAUAUUCGCGUCAACUCCGGAGUCUUCACCGCCUACCAGAACCAGGUGCAGCUCAUUCAGGACACCAGCUUCCGGCCGCCGGUUCCCACCGGCCCUCCCGGCAUGAUGGCUCCCGGUCUCGGGGUUCCUGGCAUGAUGAUGGGCGGUGGCGGCGGCAUGUCUGGUGGAGAUCCCUUCCGCGGUCGGCGCGACCCGCUGCUCAACCAGCAGGUGACCAUUGUUGGCGGUCUGCACAAGGGAGCGGUGGCCACCAUUCGCCGGGUUCUCCCCCAGGGCGACCGCGUCCGGGUGUUCAUCCCCAGCAAGCGUCUGGAGGUGGAGCUCCCGCGGUCGAGCAUCCAGCAAGGUCAACAGGUCCGCCCAGGUGGACAGCAGGUGUCCGGCAUCGUUCUUCCCUUCCCCGGACAGGCACAGGGAUAUGGUGCCGGCCGGUAUGGUGGUGGGGCCACUCCCAGCUAUGGGGGAGGUGCUACCCCCAGCUAUGGCGGCGGCGCGACCCCCUCCUACUCGUCACAUGCGCCGAUGUAUGGUGCUGGCGCUGGCGGGCCUGGUGGCGGGACUACCCCCUCGUAUGGCGCGCCGACCGAUUACUAUCGGAGCAGCGCCCCCGGUGCCGGCGCCGGCGGGGGCUCCGCCUACCCGGGUGUUGGUGGCGGCCCGGCGUACCCUGGGCCUGGCGGGAGCUCCGCAUAUCCCGGGGCCAGUGGCUACGGCGCCGGCAGCGCCAGCCGGCCCCCUGGCGGUGCCCCUUACCGCCAUUGAGCCAAUUGCAAUGUGUGGUCGCCGCGCCAGAGCGGACACGCUCCCUUGGUGGGGCGCUAUCUCUCCCUGUGGACGAUGUACCGCAGCACACCCUCUUCCUGGCAGAGCAGAGAUGUGGGGCGGGGAAGGGGAGCCAGCUCUGCUGCGUGUGUCGGGCACAUUCUCCACUUCCUCCGCUCUUUGAGUGUGGGAAAGACACUUGGGCAUUAAUUUCCCCGGAACUGUCAGGCGACUCUCCGUGGCCUGCAGCUGAUGCAGCUGCCAUCUGUCCACAAGGCAUGGUCCCAGAGCACCGGCUCUCCUCCCCCUUCCAGCGAUUUAUUCUGCCGAGUACUCCUCUCCUCUUCCCGGAGGGGGGGCUACUCCCCUUUUCCACCAAAUCAACGUGCGCCACGCGCCUGACACUCUUGCGUGCACGCUCCCUCCCCCUCCCCUCCUUCCCUCUUGUAUUCUUCUCUCCCCUUCCUCCUUUCACACUUCGGUUGAGACAUCCCCCGAAAAUAUACAUAUAAACAUGCAUACA